UCAACAGGAUCGGUGGAGCUGAGCACACUCAAGGACUAAGAUGAAGACAUUCAACUUUGCGGUAGCUGUGAUCAUUAUGCUCGUCUUGAUCAUGCUUCGGGAUGGUUCUACCUUCUCAUUUAAUGAUAACCAGGAUAAUGACCAGGAUCGGAUGGAUGCAAGAGAUGAUGCGGUUGCUGAAUUUCAUGCGAUGCCUGCAGACCAAGUAGUGAUGGCUGAUAACAACAACAACAGACAGAAACGACACAGCGACCCUCGUGAAUGUCGCUUUUGCUGUGACUGCUGUGGAAAUAUGGGAUUCUGUGGCCUCUGCUGUGAAUGGAGAUUCUAGGAAUUGUCUGGAAUUCUCAAAGCAAUUAGUAGCCUAAAUAUUAAUCUGUUGAUUCUUGUUGUGGCUGGAAACCGCUGCAUUCAGUAGUUUUGGUCACACUGACAUGCCACUAUAUGGCCAAAGUCACGAAUGUAAUAAUGUAACUAAUAACUAUGUCUUGGUUUGCACAAUAGAUUCUGAAUAAAGAAUAUUAAUAAA